AUGUCUCAAGAUAAGAAUCAAUUGUCCCCAACGGUUUCUCAUUCGAGUUCCGUUGACCAUACAACUGAACCACCUCAACAGAACAAACCAAAGGAUAAAAACGAACCAGUACUGCCAUGGGAAGACAAAACAUGUGGGGUUAAAGUAAGAUCCUUUGCAGGCUACGAUCUAAAUUUCACUGGAUGGGUUAGAAAAGAUAUCACAGAGAAGAGAGAAAAAGAGGAGCAAGAAAGAUUGGAAAGAGAACGUGAAGCUGAGCAGCAGGAGCAGGAACAUGGAGACGAACAAGAGGAUGAACAUGAACAUGAACAUGAACAUGAACAUGAAAACGACAAUGAUAAUGAAAACGAAAACGAAAACGAAAACGAAAACGAGCAUGAGAACGAAAACGAGAAUGAGAACGACAACGACAACGAAAAUGAAAAUGAAAAUGAUCAAGAUCAGGAUCAGGAUCAGGAUCAAGACGCGUUGUGA